UUCCUUCUCAUAUUCGUCCGAUCACAGAUGAGGCAUCCAAUUCAAAUGAAGCCAGCAGAUUGUGAAGGUUUGAAUUCUCUUGCAGUUGAAGAAAGGAAACUGUUUGUCGGUAUGCUGUCCAAGAAAUGCGACGAGAGCGACGUCAGGAUAAUGUUCUCGGCGUUCGGUUCAAUCGAAGAGUGUCACAUAUUAAGAGAUCAGAUGGGAGGACACAAAGGAUGUGCCUUUGUAACAUUUGCCACAAGACAGAUGGCCCUUAAUGCAAUAAGAUCUAUGCACCAAUCUAGAAUAAUGGAUGGUUGUACGUCAAAGUUGGUAGUUAAGUUCGCAGACACACAGAAAGAGAAGGAACAGAAGAAGCUACAACAAAUGGCACAACAAAUGUGCUACAACAAUCUAUUACAAAUGGCGUGUUUAGGUGGUGGUAUGAAUAAUCAACAACAGCAGCAACAAGGUUCAGGGCUCAACAAUCCAUACUUAUUUCAGAAUGCAUUCUUGCAGUUAGCGCAACAAGCAGCAGCAGCUGGUGGUGGAGGCGGAACAGGGGGUAACAUGGGAAACGUGUCAAACCUUGCCAAUCUACAACUACCAGGUCAUGAAUAUUCAUCUUCCCCUGUAGGUCAAACGGCGGCAUUGACGAUGCCCCAACUAGCGGCGUUAGCGUCGGCGGUCAACCAGCAGCAGAACAGUACGGGUGGCCAGAGCCAGAAUGCGUUAGCACAGAGCCAAGCGUUACUAGCAGCGGCACAAGGGAACAGCAUUAUGGGGGUCACACCCGGAUCAACAGGCGGAACGGCCUCGACCGCGUCGUCGACCAUCACCCCGACCGCCAAUACCAAUUCUCUCGUGGCAGGGUUAACUGGCCUUCACAGCGGCCUACAACAGAAUCUGCAGACCAACACAGGUCCAUCUGGAAUGGGCUCGAAUCCAUCGUUAGCUGGCUUCAGAGGCGUUCCAAAAGGAGCCGGAACUAACACGACAUCAAGUAUGACGGGACUAACAGCGGGUUUACAGGGCUUAGCAGGCACGGGGCUGUCGAGCAGUGUAGCCGGGGUCGGUAGUUUGGGCACGGCGGCCGGUUUGGCGGGCACAGGGGCCACAACCGCCCCCACAGCUAAUAUUGACCUUACCGCCUUGACGCAAGCAUAUUCAGGGAUACAGCAGUACACAGCACAAUUUCCCAAUGGUUUUGGGCCCAUCAAUGCUUUCCAGCAACAACAACAACAGCAAGCCGGAGCAGCAGGUCAAAAACAAAAAGAAGGUCCAGAGGGCGCUAAUCUAUUUAUAUACCACCUACCCCAAGACUACACGGACACGGAUCUAAUUUCAAUGUUCUCUCCGUACGGCGGUAUCCUCAGUGCAAAGGUCUUCAUCGACAAAAAUACGAACCUCAGCAAAUGUUUCGGUUUUGUAAGUUACGAUUCACCGAUUUCAGCGCAGACGGCCAUCCAGGCCAUGAACGGUUUCUCAGUAGGCACAAAGAGGUUAAAAGUCCAGCUCAAGCGCUCUAAAGAAGCUAGCAAACCGUACUAAAGAACGCUCGAUACUUCUGUCCAAGUCAUGUGACGUCUGCCUGUACACGUUUGCUCGUUGCCCCUGGAAACCAUACUGGUUUGCUAUUUUAUCAUGUGACUAGUUCAACGAACUGUCGUCUGUUUGUUUGUCAGAAAUCAAAUCGUCUCGUUCUUUAAGCAGACUUAAAACCUAAGAAACAUCACAUGUUAUAUGCAUUUGGAUUCUUCAUAUGUGGUGUAUGCCUUAGUCUAUAUCCCAGCACAUUGGACCGUUUGACCAGUAGACGCUUUCUUAACAUUUUGUAAAUGUAUGAUAAUGUCAAGCAAUUUCUUUAUUAAUCCAUGUUUACAUCAUAAAGACCCAUGGCAAUGAGAAAUAUAAGCGAGAAAUAAAAAUCAGACAUGCUUGAAAUUAAAAUGAAAAUCAGGGAGGCUUUAGUUUAGAAGGGUUAUUAACCGACGCCUGUAUCGUUUUCACAAUUGUAGUUGGCCAUUAUACGUAACUUUUGCUUGUGCGUGUGUGUUAGAUUUUAUUGGGUCUGAAUCUAAGACUAUAGUACCUUCAUUGAUAAUUGAUAUGGCCUUCGAUGAAGACUACAUUAGUUGUAUUGUUUGUGUAAUGUGCAAAAAAAAGCAUGGAAUGUUUUUAUUUCUAUAUUCAUUUUCCUCGUGUGUUCCCUAAAGAGGGUUCGCGGGAUAUUUUCUUGUAGUUCAUUCAUAUAUUUGUGACAUCAUUUUCCAUAAAGGAAAAAAACAGGCCCGUGUGUUUAUUUGGAGUUGAAUGUUUUAAAGAAAAUAGCAAUUUUAUCAUGAUUAUCAUACUUGUUUGAUGUGGAUUUCCCCGGCGUGAUAAAUCUUAUGAAGUCUCAUUUAUGUUGAUAUUU